GUCCUCCACAUUGGGCACUUUCUGUAAUUCAAUGCUGAAUGUGGCAAAACGCCUUGUAGUGCUGUGACUCGCUGUCAAAUUCCUGGGCUGGACUGCUCAGCUGGUAAUAAAUCUAUGGUAUUUUGUACAAGAUGGCGAUGUCGGGCGUGGAAAAGGACAGAAUAAAUACUGAAGAUGUAAAUUUGGACAAUUCAUUCGGCAACCCCGGUCUAAUCUCUCCCGAUAGAGAGGAGGAUAUAACGCGACUACUGACUGUCCCCUUUAGCGGUCGUAUCAGAGGUGGGAUGAGGCCGGGGAAGAAGAUCAUCGUGAUGGGGAUUGUGGAUCCUGAGCCGGAAAGCUUUGACAUCAGCCUGACCUGCGGCCGUGGCACGGAUGAGGAGCCGCCUGCAGACGUGGCUCUAGAGCUUAGCGCCAAGUUCGCAGACCGCCAGUUCCUGCGCAAGGCCUGCGUCUCUGGAACGUGGGGCGCGGUGGAGGAGCCCAUUCCCUACUUCCCAUUCAUCGAGGAUCAGCCCUUUAGGAUCGAAAUUCACUGCGAGCACCAGCGCUUUCGGAUAUUUGUGGAUGGGCACCAGCUGUUUGACUUUUAUCACAAGGUGCCGUCUCUGUCAGCCAUUGACACAAUAAGGAUAAACGGAAGUCUGCAGAUCACUAAGCUGGGUUAGGCUCGUCUUUUCGGAACUCGUGAAGGGAGGCGUAACUGGUACGCCCCUCGCUCACAUACCGGGCCCGUAGCUGAGCUGCUGUUGCAGUGUUACCCUGUGCUUUCUCUUCUGUCACAUUAACCUGUGAUGAAGUCCACCGCCUGUCUUUCACGUAAAUAUUGCGAGCCCGUGCUGCCGUUUACACAGCAUGCGGAUGAAUGAUCACGAGGGACAAUUAAGCGUUUCAGAUGUAAGAUGAAUGUUUACCUCUAGCUGUCAGGGGCUGUCACAUAGUAGCCUACAAAUGCCAAUGCCUGUAGAGCAAACCCCCCAUAACACUGCUGUGUGCUAUGGUGGUGCUUUUAGGAAACACUACAAAAUUACAGUGAUGCAUUUAUGUUCAAAUUAAACAAUACGCUCUCAGGAAUAGAAUAGUUCUAGAUGUAUUUAUUUGCCUGAAAUGUGUGGACAAAGUUAAGUGGAGAUCAGAAUGUAGUGUAGACAGGGCUGUGUUUUGUGAUAUUAGUGACAGUGAACACAAGAUUCAUGAGAGGGCACAUAGGGCUGUUUUUUUGGGGUCUCCUGGAAAAAAGCUAACAUAGGAAAUUAAAUCCUGUGAAUAUGUUCAGUUUGAUAUAAGAAGUGUGUGUCUAACGUUUGUCCCUAAUGAAGCUGAUACUUCUACUGAACCCAGCUGAAUUCAUGCCUUGAUUUCCUCGUAUGGCAACCCUAGAUGUCUUUAAAAGUUCUUUCCUACCUGAAAAGAAUCAUCGGUCUGCGAAUAUAUCCUCAGUCAUGAAGUCCCUAUAAUGUAAAAAUAUCUAAUUUCCAUUUAAACCUUGUCAGAAAGGACUGGGUUACAAUACGAAAAUAUUACUUUGAGCUGUGUGCUUUGUUCUAUGUUCUGAAUGUAGAACUGUAUAUCUUCAAAUGCACACCCACAACAAGCAGCUGUGUUAUAUUCCCUUAACAGGUCUGAGGAGAAAUUGUACCAGUUAAAUCACCGAUAUUCAUAAAAAAAAUAGCAUUUUGCUGUUCACCAUUCUUGAAGUAAACAAUAAAAAGUGUGACUCCUUAGAAUAUUGCAUAACUUUAGCCAUAGCUGAAAAAAGAACAACAGAAUUGACUGUCAAGCUCUUAGAUAUGCUGUAGGUAUAGAUAACCAUAACAGUCUUCCUGACAUUAAUGGUAGCAUUAGCGCUUUGGUGUUGUAAUAGGUAAUGAUGAGAAAUAAGGCUGAAUUUUUUUUAGUUUUUUUGUUAAUGUAUUCGCUGUCUUGCAGUAGCUGAGAUGUCUGUGUAUGGAAUUUAAUUCUAUCAAGGAAAGAAAAAAUUCUCAUGCUUUCAUCUUUUUAAAGUGAAUAUUACGGAGUCCCCCUGGCUUUAUUUGCUGAGGUUUCUCACAGAAGUCGAGGAUUUGCUGCAUUAUUUAUCGUCCUCUCUCUGUCCCGCUGGCUCAGAGCUCUAUGUGUCUCCAAUGCUGAGGGGGCUUCUCCUCUCCCACUGUGCACUGGUUAGCCUCCCUCCCUGGAGUUUCCUGCUGAAGAGGCUUUUGUGUGCAUUCCAUAAAUCCAGGGCGGCCCUCCUUCGCUGGUACAUUUGCUGACACGGAGCUCGGUGGAUGUUGUCUGGCAUAAAACAGCACUGUGCAGUCCUCACUUUAGAUGCUUCACUUAAACCAGUCAGGAAAGAACCUUUUACAGGUCCAAACAAAAAUAGAGAAUGAGGUGCAUGAUAGGGGAGUUUUGGUGCUAUUGUUGUGUGUGUGUGUCUUGUAGCUAUGUAGGGGAUUGUGUUUUUGUUGGUCGCUGGUUUUUUGUUACUGCUUUCCGUGCCUGGCUGUGUGGGGUGGAGAGGAGAAAAAGCAUGCAUGCCAGAGCCCUGAAAAUGGCACUGCAAGCCAGGCACUUCCUGUUUCCCUGAUGAGAAUCUCCCACCCCAUCUCUCUCUGAUACUGGACUGGAGACAAGAAAACAUUUGUCAAGUGUACUGAUGACCUAUUGUUCCGUGAAGCUUUCCGCCAUCAUCUGGGCUUGUUGAGUCAGCCUGUUGUGCAGUGUUUUCUGCAUAUGGUACCGUCCUUUAAAAAAAUGAUAACUGAGACAUUAUUAAGCCAUAUAAAAGAGUUGCUGCUGUUUUCUCCAGUCUCAGAGCAGUCUGGUAGCUCUGUGGUUGCCCCUCCAAGCUCUCUCCUUGACACAGAAAGGGUAGUAGAAAUGCAGUGGACAUACUUUGUCUUGUGCCAUAAACACUAGUGUAAAAGGGCUAGUUGUUUGUUGCUGUAUAGUGUUAGGACCCAUACUCAUUCUCAUCCCAGUUCUCAUUGUAUUUACUCACCCUUUGGAUAUGUGCAGGUGUAUUAUUUGGUACUUGAUUUCAGGAAACCUGAUAACAUAGUUUGGCAAUAAUAGAAGUUUUCUGCAACUUACGUGUGCCUGGUGAAAUUAUGAUUGAGGGUACAUGCAUGCACUUGUUAAUUACUAGUUACUGUAUGUACAUAGCAAAUGCUUCUUUUUGUUGUUUUUGUUUUAAAAACAAGGUAUGAUUAUAUAGUAUGAUAGACAAGUUUAAGAUCUGCAAAGCACCAAUUAAUCCUGUUUCCUUUGGUGAGCAAAAGUGGCGUAAAAUGGGCACAGAUAUAUGAAGGUAACUGUUAAUCUUAUUAGCGGCACUAAGUAAGCAAUAAGCUCCACUUGGAAGGG